CAACUGGAGGGCCGAUCCUGGCAUUCUCGUGGUACUGUCUAUAAACAAAAAUCCCAUAAUAUAAAUAAAACACCAAUUAAUAAACAAAAAACCAUUACUACAUUAUUUGAAAUAGUAUCUAUCUAUCCUUUGCAAACCGACUGUAAGCCUUAUCAGUGAGAUCAAACGCAUGGUGUAAGACACAGUGUUACCACUUUCCUGGACGGGUGUUUUGUUUGUAACGGCCAUAGACUUAUGCCCAAGCCCAACCUUGCCUUAUUGACGGCCCAUUGGGCUUUCUGAAGGAUCCUUCCAUGGUUGUCUCAACCUGAGAAAAAUCAGCUAUGACGCGAAAUUAAGAAUUGACACGAGGAUUUUAACAUGGUUCAGCCUCACGGUGCGUGAGACCUACACUCACCGAACUAGAUUUUCUUAUUGAUUCACUUCGGUCAUUGGCCUUACAGCAGAAGGACGGGCCAUCAGGAUUCUUCUGGCCCAAUACAACCCACUGGGCCUUCUUUCUGGGCCCUCUUUAAGUAUACCCAACUAGGAAGGGAGGCUUGUCGAGACGAAAAUCAUCCAAGACCUGAGAAAUGACUAAUGAGUCUCCAAAACUGAACCAAUAUUACUUCCAUUUCGACCUCAAACCAAGACGACUCAAGAAACAAGUGUCGGAAAUAGAAUGCUCCAACUUUCAUCUUGAUGUUGUCUCCAAACAUAAAAGAUUGCACCUUUCCCUCCAAAAGGCCCUCCCAAGCUCUGCAACGAAAAAAUCGCCAUUUAUCUUUUUUGAGAAAGACAAACCCACUACGUGGCUGUCCAAUCAGGAUGAAGCCAAAAGAGUCCCCCUCUCUUCCCCCUUCGACAACCACAACAACCAUUGUCACUGUCGGUAUUCCCUUCUGCAACUAUUUUUAUACUUUCUCAACUCCUUAAUUCACCAAUCAUCCCAGAAAACUCCAUCGUCUCAGUAUCACCACCACCUCAAUCUAAACUCCAUGUUCAAAGCAGCCAUCUACGCUUUCCUCACCCUCACCACCUCUUUCACCUCCUCCUUCUUCUUCUUCUUCCCCAACCCUCCAAAGUCCCACUACCACUCCCUCUUCCUCUCCGCCUCCCUCUCCGACAAUGCCUCCAUCUCACACAACCUCUACAUGCUCACCCGCCGCCCACACGUCGCCGGCACCGAGGCCAACGCCGAGACGGCCGACUACGUACUCACCACCCUCACUUCCCACAAAGUCAACUCCCACAUCGUCUCCUACGACGUGGCCCUGACUUACCCUGCAUCACGCUCCCUCACACUGACCCCUGCACCGGGCCAUCCGCCGAUCGCAUUCGACCUCAGCCAGGCGAUCUACGACAACGACCCUUACGCCGACGUGGCAGACCAGGUCAUGCCCACUUUCCACGGGUUUGGGAAGUCAGGGACGGUGUCGGCGCCGGUGACUUAUGCGAACUACGGACGGGUGGAGGAUUUCUUGACGUUGAAGGAAAUGGGGGUGGAAGUGAAUGGGACGAUUGUUUUGGCUAAGUAUGGGAAGAUUUACAGAGGUGACAUUGUGGAUAAUUCGUAUGCGGAAGGAGCUGUAGGGACGAUUAUAUAUACGGAUAGGAAGGACUAUGGUGGUGGUGGAAAAGGGUUGUUUCCUGAUGGGAGAUGGAUGCCUCCGACGGGUGUGCAGGUGGGUUCGGUGUACAGCGAAGCAGGGGAUCCUACUACGCCUGGAUGGCCGAGCAGUGAAGGUUGUGAGAGGAUUGAUUAUGAAGAAGUUGAGAAGUCAGGGGUGGUUCCGAUGAUACCGUCUUUACCGGUAUCCGGUGAGGAUGGGGAGGUGAUAGUGAGGUCUAUUGGUGGGAAGGUCGCUAAUGGUGAUUGGCAGGGGAGUGAGGAUGGUCCUGUUUACAGGGUUGGACCAGGGCCAGGGGUUCUGAAUCUUAGCUAUACUGCGACAAAGGCGAUAGCGGCAAUUCAUAACGUUAUUGGAGUGAUUGAAGGGGCAGAGGAACCUGAUCGCUUUGUCCUCCUGGGAAAUCAUCGCGACGCAUGGACAUUUGGAGCAGCUGAUCCGAACAGUGGAACUGCAGCACUGCUCGAGGUUGCUCAAAGACUGGGAAAGCUGCAGAAGGAAGGGUGGAAACCUCGAAGAACAAUUAUCUUUUGCAAUUGGGAUGCGGAGGAGUAUGGCCUGGUAUCUAGUCUCUCUUUUCCCCCCUCUAUCGCAUUUAUGUGUGUGAAUGUAAUGUAUGCAGAAGGAGAGCAUAAACCUUCUGCUCUAAUCAUGCAGAUAGGCUCAACUGAAUGGGUGGAAGACAACAGAGAAAUUUUGAAAUCAAAGGCGGUCGCAUACUUGAAUGUGGAUAUAGCUGUAUGUGACAAAGACUAUUCUGCUUCUGCGACUCCUCAACUAGACGAACUCCUUAAAGAGGCCGCUAAACAGGUUCAAGAUCCAAAUAACGCGUCGAGGAGUGUCUACGACUCAUGGACCGGAUCAGGAGCUUCUCCACCAAUUGGAAGGUUAGGAGGUGGAGGAUCUGAUUAUGCAGCUUUCGUGCAGCAUAUUGGAGUAGCAGCCGUUGACAUGUCUUUCGGAGAUGGAUACCCUUUAUACCACUCAAUGUAUGAUGACUUUAUCUGGAUGGAGAAGUUCGGUGACCCAAUGUUUCACAGACAUGUUGCAGUUGCUAGCAUAUGGGGAUAUCUAGCUCUUCAGUUAGCAGACAAGGAAAUUUUGCCGUUUAAUUAUCUAAACUAUGCCGAGGAGCUGCAGAAAAGUACAAUUGAGUUGGAAGACGAGGUAUCUAACAAGAUAACAGUCCAUCCCUUGCUCAACUCUAUCAACAAACUAACAAAAGCAGCCACCAAAGUAAACAAUGAGAUAAAGGCCAUUGAAGAAACCAGCAAAUUCACAUCAGCUAAGAAGACAGACUUUGCUAGAGUGAGGGAAAUCAAUGACAGACUAAUGAUGGCUGAGCGAGCAUUUACAGACUCGGAGGGACUACCUGGAAGACAAUGGUAUAAACAUCUGGUAUAUGGUCCAGCCAAGCAUAACGACUACGGGUCCAAGUCGUUCCCAGCAGUAGAUGAUGCAAUAGAGGAGGCAAAGAAACUGAACACAGCAGAAUCAUGGAAGUCCGUGCAACACCAAGUUUGGAGAGUCUCCAGAGCUAUCAAUCAAGUGGCCAAGGUCCUCAGUGGUGAACUGACAUGAUUCUUACACUAAAAAUGAAUAAUCGGAAGAGGUGGGAGAAAAGCACUCAAAAGAACCUCUCUAUCUCUUUCAGUCUUUCUGUUUCUAACCCAGCUUUUCUUUUCCCACGUCUCUGCCCUUCCUUUGAUGAGGAAGCAGAAAACAUUUCCAACUCCUGCAAAAUACCCACAAUUCGUGUAAAGUUAUCAUGCAGUUUCUUCAGUUCUGUCGACUAGCAGGAUUCUAUGAUUCAUAGUAGUAGCUUAAGAAGCACGGAA